AUGAGCGACAGCGACAGCAUAAGUGACAGCGACACAGACUCCAUCGCCUUGCAAGUCGAUCAAACCGACAGCUACUACCCAAGGGACCUAGAGGAUGCCGUCGCCGUCCUCAACAUCCUCCAGCAAUGGUUGCCGUCCGAACUGGGCCUAAGCAUCUUAACGCACGCGGGCUACUGGCUUCGCUCUCGCGCUGCCAGAAAAGAGAGCAAACGUUUCACAGAACACAAUUGCCGCGACAGGACACCGUACCUGGUCUCUGAGCCUAUCAAAGGAGAGCGAUUCCCUGUUCAAGAGAUCAGGAUUGACGUAUGGAGUCACGACCAGGGCUGGAGCAGCUACCCGGACGACCAUGGCACAUACAACGGCUCCUGGACCUGGUUCGAUCUCGGGAUUCAGAGGCCGUCUGGAAGAGAGGAUAUCUCGACAGGUCUGGGACGGGCGGUGACCAAUGUUCAUGCAAGUUUGACGACAAGACAUCAUGAGGUUGUGUAUCGGAGGGACGAGCAGCCGUGGAUGCGAGAGCUUCAAGCGGACGACCAGAUUUCGAUUAUUCCCAGGGCGCUCUAUCCUGGAUGGCAAAAUAUUACGGAAGGAAUCUCGAUUGAGAUCUACACUGAAUUGCUUUAG